ACUCACAUGACACAUGAGGACAGGAAGGUACAGUUGAUAAGCAGAUCGGGAGGAUCAUCAGAUGGAUCAUUUAGCAUUUCCAUGGAGGCUGGUAUGAUCAUACACAGAAGAUGACUGCACCGUGACCAUCAGUGGCGACAUAAUGAAAAGCUAAAAAAUACCUCAAGUGAUUAAAAUCUUGUCACCGUGAAGUUAAAGGAUCUCAUACAAAGCCCUCAAGGUCCCAGGAUGUCCCGGGAUGAUGGUGGACCGUGGAUGAAGAUGAACCCUGUGACAAAGACAACAGAUGGCAGUCAAGUGGUAACCUCUGAUGACAGACCCCAAGAUGAAACAAAAGUUGUCCUCCCUGUCCCACCUGCUUUAGUCACAAGGUACUACAGUGUAAUGGAGGAUGAGGGUGCGGAUGAUGUCUUCAUCCCAUCAUCUUUGCCUCGUCUCGCUACACCAUCCUGCAUUGACACCUUGUUACCACAGGGGGACAGCAGUGGUGCGACAGUCAAUAAUUCCAGUGUGACCCUUUCAAAUGGGUCACCUGAAGGCACAGAGGCUAAAGCUAAUCCAGACUACUUAGACUGGCAUUGUGCAGAGAGGGAGUUAAUGGACGCACAGAAUGAUGUUGAUGAAGUAUUAGACGGCACAUCAGAGGCUUCUAAAGGCUGCACAAACAACAACAACGAAGAAUCCACUCAACCAACAGGACAGGACCAAACUUCAAUGGAGGCUGUGGAAACACCAGCAGUACUUGAUCAGGAUAUCACAACAGGAGACAAAGGAUUGAAAAAGGAACUUGAAGGUCUUGUAAUUUUGAGCAAAGAACAGGAAAGCCAGAGGGAAAGUGAUGUGAAGACAGAGAAAUAUCUAAACCCUGAAAAUGAAAAACAUUUUGAUAUUGAAGUAGAGAAAAAAGAAAAAAGAAAAUCCAUUGAAUCUGUGGAAAAGCUGAAGGACAUUCAUCCUCUUGAGGACAUGGGCUCAAAAGAAACAGAUGACUGUCACAGUUUGAAGAGACCUAUUUCAACAUUGUCUGGCUACAGUGUGAAUGAUAAUGAUUUUGAGUCCUGUAGGCCACCAGAGCUUUACCAGUGCAACCAAAAUCAGACAGAUGCAACAGCAAAUAAGUCACCAGUGUCUGAAAUACAACAAACAGUAUCCAGUGACAAUCAAGAACAUGUUGACACCACGUCUUUUAACUAUAACAUCACAAGGUAUGACUGGGUGAGGACAUCGUGCAGCACUAGUCAAACACCAGAAUCCCAAUGCCACAUCUCAGAACCUUUGGCUCACUCUGAUGAGCAAAAGGAACUAAAUGAGCAACAAGAUGCCGAGGGACCACAGGGAUGUGAAAGCAGCAAGAUAGCAACGGGUAUCCAACAAGGCGAGCAACUGCUUCAACGUCUGCAGCUUGUGCAACAACGACAAGACACACAUUUGCCAGAGAGCAAGUUUACUCAGCAGGUUGUCAAAGAAGUCAGAAUAGAGCAAAAGAUUGUAAUUAAUUUGACAGAAGGAUGGGAUCUGGCAGGGGAAAAUGCAAAGGAAGAAAAUAGGGUUAAUGCUGUGAAUGUUAAGGCAGAAAAGACAAUCUUGAAAGUGAAAGAUGUUAUAGAUGAUGACAGUAAAGACCAAGAAACAAAAGCAAAGACGUCUUCAUCCACAGCACAGCUAGAGGACAACAGCACUGACAACAAGUCUUAUAGUGAGCAAAGUGACAAAUGGAUGUCUGCAGACUUACCCUCAAUCAACACUACUGACGCGUCUUUCACCCACAUUCCCUUCUUAACCUGCCACCGAUUCUCAGCAGCUGAGACAUCAAUGGAGAGGCAGCUCCAUGAGGUGACCCAGAGGAAGCAGAACCUGCAGAGAGCUGAGGGAACAUUCAAUCUGGCAGAAAAUCCCGAUGUAUUAGAGAUUCCCUUCAAGAGUAAUAUCUCACUUGAACCACUUCCCACCGAAGGGCUCCAAAAGAACUGGCAGUUCUCAGAGCAGAAGAUGCAGAAGGAGAUAAGUAAAGAGAUUCAGAAGGAACUUGUGCUGGUCAACCAGGGGAAGAUCCCAGGGAGCUACAGCAAAGGUGAAACUCGCCAUUUAAAGGAUACUAAACUGCUGUUUGAAGCUUUCCAUCAGGACAACACAGAGGGUCCAACAAGGCACAGAAAGCCUCCCUCUUUAGGAAUAAAAGGUCUUUUUUAUCCAUCUGUGCUUGAGCGCACACAGAGUUUAGAGACGUUUUCACUCAAAAGUUGCCCUGUUUCAAGAGCACAUUCUCUCCGCCUGUAUAAAUCUGUAACUGCAGAGAGACAGAAAAGUCUGGAAAACCUCAGAUCAAAGAGCCCAAAUGGGGGCUCCCGAGACAAAACACGUUUAUAUCCUUACCCGAAACAAGAAAAACACAUGCGUCUGUACAGAAGCAUGGACUCCAUCAAUGCUGAUGACUCUACAGCUGUGGACGCAAAGAGAAACACACAGAAUGAAAACACCAGAGUAGAGUCUCCCAUCCUCAAACAGAACCCAUUCUUUAAGUUGCGUCCAGCCCUGUCUCUACAGCCAGAGGUAGAGAGGGACAUAAGGGAGGCAAAGAAAAGAGAAGAGGAGCUGCGCCGACAGAGAAAAACACUGUAUGGAGAAAACUGGCAGAAAUCUGAAGAUGAAGAAAAGCUGACAUUCACAUCGGUACCAGGUUAGUCUGCAGUCUGAGUCAUGAGGAAUGUAACCAGACAUAUAUGUACUGAAAUAAAAGUAGUGUGCAUCAGCGUUGUUACAGCAUGUUACUGUUGUUGUGGCUGGAAGUGGCGCUGGUUUCACCUACUUUGCAUUCAGUUUCAUACGGAAGGACACCAAAUAAAUCCAAAAGCUAAAGCCCAACCUUAAUACAGAAAUAACAAUAUGGGGUGAUAAGUGAUGAGGACUUAAACGACCAAUAUUUACAUACCUUACAGUAGUCUGUCAACCACUCCGAUUGUAUGUAUAAGUGUAAGUAUAAAGAAAUAUUUAUGUCAGCUAAACCUAACCAGAGGUAUGACAACCUAACUGUGUCAGGUUAAACACUAUCUAUAGUAUUUUUUAUUUUAUUUGAUGAUGUACGCUGUUGUUGGAGAUGUUAGCUUAACAGAUAACUAAUGAGAAAGGGCAGCAUCACUAAUAUUUGUUUUUUGUGAGAUAUUAGAUCAUUUUAAAGUUCACCAAAAUGAAACUACUUGACAAGUUUCGAGGAAAUAACCACCAUUUCCUGGAGCUGUAAACAUCUCAAGUGUGAGCGUAACCACAUAGUAUUACCCGUAAAAUACAAGAGGCCAAAAAUCGGUGUUUUAAUCUUUAAUAAUGUGUUGGAUUUUAAAAGCAUCUCACAUUAUCAGCUGUGCACAAUCUUCAUCAAAAAAGUAAUUUUUAUUGUUAAAUAAAUGUAGUGAAGAAGAGAGUAUUUCCCUUACACUGAAAUGCUAAAAUAAAGUAAUACAUUGGAAAUAAAGUGUAAAUGUGUUAAAAUUGUACUUAGAUACAGUACCAGAGUAAAUUGCUUGCUAUUGGUGCCGAACAGACAUGAACACAUCGCAGCAGUCAGUUUAUGGAACUAUUUAACAGAAAAAGAAAAAAAGUCGACAACGUUAAAAUGUUUAUGAAAUCCCUGCAGUAACAAGUUAACAAAGGAGUCACUUAGGUCUUUAUUCAUUCCUCAUCUGAGCCUUUUGACACUCACUUUGCACACCUUAAUGGAUGUCUCUCUACAUUAGCAUCACAUGGUGUUAUCCAGGCAGUCUUAUAGACAACUUAGCCGCCACCCUGCCAGCGUCUGUAAAGAACACAUCUUUGUGACAGUGGUCUGAUCUCAGUCAGCAGAUGGUAGUGGGCAGAGUGACAACGUAACAGCUUCUAUGUGAACUCUAGGUCAACCUAGGGGCUGUUCAAGCUCUGCCCUAACAUUGUCUCAAUGCAAAUUAGGUCAGAGGGUUGAUAUGGAACACUGAGGUAAGAACAUUUGUUGUAUUUUCUGUGCAUUCUUAUGUUGUUUUGUUCUUUUUAUGACCACCAAGGGAAUUUGGGUGAAGCUGAGAAAACAGUGCAUAUAGUCAGUGCGUCAUGAAGUAGCAUGUUAGUAUUUCCAGCCAGUGCAGCUGAAUAAUCCUAUGUGAGUUGACUCAAACUGAAAACGAAGCGAUGAACAUGCGACAGCAACUUAAUGUUUCUGCAGUUGGGCUAAAUGAGGGAAAUGAGCCAUUAGGUCAAAUAAG